AUGGAGACCGAGUGGCAUACCCUCGGCAAAGUGCAGUAUCAAAAAUGGACCGUAUACGGCAUGAAUUGGGCGUCGGAAGGUGUGACAGAUCUACGAGACUUUAUGACAGCUUGUGCGCCAUAUGGUGGACCCAUUGCACUGUUACGAAACCCGAAGAAACUUGUAAAAGUAUCGUCGGAUGCGCCAUUAACGCGUCAAUUGCUACUUUUUAACGCCUGUGGCCAAAAACUUGGUACUGUCGAUUGGAAACCGUUUGAAGAGAAGAAAGAGACACUUAUGGGGAUGACCUGGACCGACGAGCUGCGUCUGCUAUGUGUCUUUGCUAGUGGGACUUGUGUUGCUUUCAGUAUGACAGGUGACGAAGAGACGCGCUUUGCAUUGUUUCCAUCUACUUCAAAAGACAAAGUUGCGACAUUUGAAGCAUGGGGUGGGGGUCUCAUUGCGCUAACCGAGAAGAUGGUGCUAGUUCAAGUGCUCGAAGUUGACGCUGUCCGACCAAAAGUGUCGCUAUUGCCCGAUUGUGGACUUUCGGAUUCAAAUCCACCAACUUGUAUGGCUAUUCUUGAGCCUAGAUUUUUGAAAAGUAUUUAUCCAGAAGUACUUUUAGGAUCAAGUAACAAGUCACUGGUUAUUGUAAGUAAAGACGGCGGUGCACAAGAUAUGAAACUCCAAGACUCGAUUGCUGCACCAAUUUCAUCGAUUGCAAUUGCUCCAAACGGGUUGUUUAUGGCAUUAUUUACUCAAGAUGGUAUUUUAACAGUUCUUAAUACGAUGAUGGACAAAAAGAUUUUGUCAUUUGAUACUCAGAGUAAAGCAAGCCCUUUGAGUAUGUGCUGGUGUGGUGAAGACUCGGUUUUAUUGUAUUGGCCCAGUGCAGGAUUGGUCAUGGUUGGACCGUAUGGAUCUUGGCUUCGCUUUCCGUAUUCGGAGAGUGUCGUUUUAGCUCAAGAAGUCGACUGUUGUCGAGUCUAUACUGCAUCAUCUCAUGAUCUUGUGCUUCGAGUUCCUACAUGUGUUGAAAAUAUCAAAGGUGUAGGCUCGACAGCUCCUGCUGCAAUGCUAUACCAAGCGCUAGAUGCAUUUGAUUCAGGUGAUGCAAAAGCUGAUGAACACAUUCGCUUUAUCAUGGGUCAGAAUGCACUGGAAAGUGCGAUCAAAGACUGCAUUGAUGCAGCAGGUAGUGAAUUUGACUACUCUGCCCAGACGACAUUGUUGCGUGCAGCGUCGUAUGGAAAGUGCUUUGUGGAUUCGCCUUUGGAUGCGUCGGCAGCUCUUUCGGGAAACUCAAAUACGGGAGGUGGCAACGUAAUGAUGGAUACGGAAAUGUUUGUCGAAAUGUGCCGUAAAAUUCGCGUGCUCAAUGCACUUCGACAACAGGAAGUUGGUUUUCCAUUGACCGUCACACAAUUUGAUCGUCUGACAGCUGAAGUGGUUGUGAGUCGCUUAGUGGCCAUGCGACACCACUUUUUAGCGUUUAAAAUCUGCGAGUAUCUAAAAAUUCCAACAGAUCGCGUACUGGUGCAUUGGGCUUGUGAAAAGGUCAAGGCAGCAACAUCUUCGGACGUUUCAGAUGAAGAACUUGUGGCGCUUGUACGCAAAAAGCUUAAGAAUGCGACUUUAGUGUCAUACGCUGACAUUGCGAAUUGUGCUGAACGUGUGAAUCGUCGACGAUUAGCAACCAUGUUCUUAGAUCUAGAAGAAAACGCAUCGGAUCAAGUCCCGCUGUUGCUGUCCAUGGGCGAGUUUGAGUUGGCACUGCGCAAGUCGCUUGAGUCGAGCAAUACUGACUUGGUUUACAUGACACUUUUCCAUCUGGAACGUACGCUGCCAUCAAUGGACGAGUUUCGUUACGUGCUCAAUCGUGAAGCAAUGUACGCUGAAGCUGUAAAUCUGAUGCUGUUGUACUAUCGCGAGACCAAAAGCUCGAACAUCCCGGCACUGUGGACAGACGUUGCUAGCGCAAAGAACGAUCUGUUGCUUUCAUUUAAGUCAUCGGACGUCGAGGAGAAAGUUACUGUUCUUAAGGAUGCAAUGAUCAAGUACACAAAUGCAAAGCUGCCAUCUCAUGCGAAAUUAACUGAAGAACAAAUUGAAUUACUGCAAGAACAAGUCAAAUUGGAAGAGAAGCCGGAGAAUGUCAAGCGUCGUAAACUUGUUGGUACGUCCAUCUCGGAUACGAUGAAAAUGUUGCUGUGUGAUAGCAAGUACGAGCCCAAGUUGCUGCCGAUUGUGGCAGCGUUUGCUAAGAAGUUUAAAGUUCCGGAUAAAAGGUUCUAUCGCGUCAAGAUAAAAGCUCUUGCCGAGACGCGUCAAUGGGAUGCGCUGCACAAAUUUUCUAUGGAAAAGAAGAAUCCGCCGUGUGGGUUCAAAGCAUUUGCGGUCGCGUGUCUCGAACAAGGCGAGAAGCAACAGGCUGAAAGCUACACGACUCGAAUUACGUCUGUAGAUGAAAAGUUCGAAACCCUUAUCCGCUUGGACUUGUACAGCGAUGCGCUCCAACUAUCGAUCAAGCUCAAGGAUCCCGAGAAGCUCACAACAGUACGCAAUCUAUGCAAUGACGACAACAUCUGUAAUCAAGCCGACAAAGCUGCGAUGGAAUUGGGUUUUGUGUCAUAA